AGAAAACCCACGGAAAGCCCAUUGUUUUUUUAAAACCAAAUCCCAUUAGUUAUUAUAUCAACCAUGACUCGAUAACAGGUUGGAAUCUCAAUCCGUCGCGUCGUUUACUUUGCAUAUCUUCCUUCCCCGUUCUCGUGCUUUCCCUACUGUAACAAACAACAACGUUAACAAACUGUCACACACUCUGUUUUUCCACAAACCUUAAACCCACCAUGACGGAAUCAACAAAAUCUCCCUCAGAAGCAAAAAGACCCAAUUUGGUUGAAAGAGCAAAGGAAGAAUUUGAGGCUAUAUUGCAUCCUCAUAAGUCUUCAAGCCAUCAUCACAGGGAAACUCAUGGAUUGAAUAGUGAUAUUGACCAGAAUACCUUGUUGGAUGAUGUCAAGGCUCCAAAUGUAUUUGAAAGAGCCAAGGAGGAGUUUCAAGCCAUUGCUCAAGUCUUCCAUCAUAAUAAUAAGGAGGCAAACCAUAAACAAGAAAUCUCAAGCUCUUCAUCAGAAACAAAAGCUAAGGAGGGCAACAUAUUUCUAAAAGCUAAGGCAGAGAUUAAAUCUGUGAUACAUCAUCUUGAUAAAUCAAAACAGCAUCAUCAUGAUAAAGAAACUCAUGGAAUGAAUGAUGAUAUCGAUGAGAAUACUCCUAUAAACGAAGUUAAGGCACCAAAUGUCUUUGAGAGAGUAAAAGAAGAAUUUGAAGCUGUUUUACAAGCAAUGCACCCUAAGAAAGAAAGUUGACUAUCUUUCAUCCCCAACAAUGGAAUGGUGUUGAAUUGAGUUUUGAUUGGGAUGAGUGUUAUGUACAUGUGAUAAUCAGUAAACAUAUGCUUAUAUAUUUCUGUACUGAUAUAUCUAUAUGAUUGUUCUAUUCUUCCAAACCCCUUUUGUGCAUGUAAGUUUUGAUUCAUACAAGCAUUACAUUGAAACAUUGCUCUGCAUGAUUGAUUGGUUUUAUCAGUGAUGCUAGUGAAACUCACCUCUUAGUCA